AAUCCUUUCCAAACUGUGGUAAAAGAACUUUCCUGGUUAACCGGUAGAACAUUGAAGACAAACCCCUUGGUCAGGUUCAAGAACAUAAAAGCCCUCGAGUGGUAUUUGAAGUAAGCGACUUCAAACCCGCCCACGUGAGAAAAGCUUCCGCACAAGGAACUGCCUUUGUGUGCAGCUGUUAGUGAACGAAAGGAAUAUUAAAGUAGCUGACAAAGCUGAGAUCCCUGCUAAAGCAAGGAAACUACUGUAGUACCGCAACCUUCGGCAGUAAAAUGAAUCGUGCACUUUUCGGAAGCUUGGUAGCCAUCUCCGCCACGGAUAGCAGCCGUGGUGUGAGCAGCCUUGCCGGUGCUGGAGAACCACUCGAGCCGGUCGUCGUCGUUGGAAGGCGCAACAGUUUGCCACCGGCACCGCCAAUUUUCAAGCCUAUCGUUCCGUCGAAGCUGAACGCUUUGGCGACGCGCAACGGUGGCCAGCUGCAUCUUCAUACACAGAACGGCAACGGCAUGACAAACGAUCGUCCUAUUGAACUGUCGAAGCGAACCACCGAAGCGAGGGAGUCGCUGAAAAUAGCCCAAAUUGUGUGUUUCGACGUUGAUUCGACUAUCAUCACCGAGGAAGGAAUCGAUGAGCUGGCACAGUUCUGCGGUAAAGGCAGUGAGGUGGCUGCACUCACGAAGGAAGCGAUGGGAGGUAGCAUGACGUUCCAGGAAGCGCUGAAACGCCGCCUGGACAUUAUUAAACCGUCUCAGCGACAGAUCCGCGAGUUUCUCAAGACGCACCCAUCGACCAUUUCGGCCGGCGUAAAGGAGCUCAUCGAGCAGCUGCGCAAGAACAAUGCCGAGGUGUUUCUGAUUAGCGGCGGUUUCGAUUGCCUGAUCGAACCGGUUGCGGACGCGUUGCAGAUUCCGCUGUGCAAUCUGUACGCGAACAGGCUGUUCUUUAACUACAAUGGCAGCUACGCCGGGUUCGACACGGCUCAACCCACAUCGCGAUCGGGCGGCAAGGGUGAAGCCAUCAAGAUGAUCCGCAGUGUGAUGGCCGGUGGCGCUGGAGCGGGAUCGGAAAAGGUGGUCGCAAUGAUCGGUGACGGUAUAACUGAUUUGGAGGCCUGUCCACCAGCGAACAUGUUCAUUGGCUAUGGUGGUAACGCCGUCCGGGAAGAAGUGCAGAAACGUGCGACCUACUACGUGACCAACUUUGCCGAUCUACUCUGGUGAUCGUACAACGAGUGUCCUACUUUUUCGCUGGAUUAAUUCCCAUCACAAUUCAUUCUUGUUUCACUAGCGUUAGAAAUAUUCGCUACUCGUCUUUGCUGUAAAUAGUUAAUUUGCUAGUGUUAAGAAUUAUUAUAAAUUAUAAGCAGUGUUAAGCUGAGUUAUUGUAGCACGUUUAUCUAUAGUUAGUAUUGUUUGUUUGCUAUCAACAAUAAUAAUAACAUUGUAUAAAGGAACCUUAAUACCGAGGCU